AUGAAGCGCUGGGCUACUGAGGAAUCGCUAGCAGAGGACAGACCUGGAAGGCGGCCUGUAGCAGCGGCGGAUACUGCUCAAUCCUACUUCCAUGGGCAUGGAUUACAGAACAGCGGGAAUGGAAAUGUUACGGUGGGGCGGGAUUUCAACUUAGGCAAUUGGACAGACAAGCGCUUUGACUGUCAACGCGACCUUUUCGUGACAAAUCCGUCUGAAGACCGGAAAGCACUGAGACGCAGAAAAGGAGGCCAUGCUUCCGGCUCUUGCGAGUGGAUACUCCACACGAAAGAACUUACUACUUGGCUUGGUUCUGAACCGACGGUGAUGGUGGGCUCCGAGAGACAACCGGCCCAGGCCCUGUGGCUCCAUGGGAACCCAGGAACUGGGAAAUCAACCAUGGCUAUAUUCCUUACAGAGGAGCUGCCAAAGACAUUUUCCAAUAUGAACGGGGAAACGCUAGUCUACUUUUUCUGUGACUCUGGCUUCGACAAACAGAGGACCGCGACCUCGGUUGUCAGAGGACUUCUCCACCAGCUCAUUGAGCAGCACGAUCAGCUUCUAGAUUACCUCCUUCCAAGAUACCAUGAGCGUGGGAUAGAGCUAUUCAAGUCGUUCGACGCUCUCUGGGAAAUAUUCAUGACCAUGGUGGAUGAUCAGAACACGGGUCGAAAAUAUUGUAUCAUUGACGCGCUGGAUGAAUGCGAUGGAGAUUCGCAAAAGAUCUUAUUGGCACAACUUGAAGAAACUGUGCAGAGCCAGGACGCCUCGUCCAAUUUCCGGUUGUUGGUCACUAGUAGGCCAUAUUCCGAGAUACGUGAAAGCUUGCAAAUAUUCACGAACAAAGAUUUGGCUUCUUUCCCCGAAAGACAAGAGGAUAUCAAUCUUUUUAUUGAAGAGAAAGUCAAUUACCUGGCUGAAAGGAAAGGGUAUACGAAUAAAGUCAAAAAUCGAGUAUCCCAAAUUCUCAAAGAUAAAGCCGAAGGAACUUUCCUCUGGAUCGGUAUAGCGUGCAACGAGCUCAAGGAUAUUCCUUCAAACCGUGUCAUCAAUGUUUUGAAAAACAUACCGAAGGGACUUGAUUCGCUCUAUAAGACGCUUCUCGACAUGACUUUGGAACAGAACGAUAUUGAUGAUAUUCGACGCCUCCUAAGCUGCAUAGCUGUAUGUUUACGACCAUUGACUGUCUCGGAGCUCUCUGAAGCAUGCCAGCUGUACCAGGAGGAAGAAGACUUUGAGACAAGGCUACAAUUUACGCGCGAAUACAUCGAGUCUUACCGCUUGAUGAUCAUCAUUAAGGACGAGAAGGUACUUCUGUUACAUAAAUCAGUCAAAGACUAUCUGAUUGGGGCUUUCUUUAUCCAAAAACUUGAGGCACAUGCCCAGCUUGCUUACCGGUGUGUUGAUCUCCUCUUAGAGCCGUUCUGCAGCGCGAACGAAUCGCACACCGGUUUCUCGAAAUAUGCAAUUUUCUAUUGGACUGAGCAUGCGCGCAUGGCCGAGUUCAGUUUUAAGGUUCAGCGUCCCCAAGCGGAAUUUUUCCAAAUCGAUUCUCCUUAUCGGGAACGGUGGUUAGAGCAAGUCAGGUCAGAGCAGGCUUCAUAUCCAGUCCCGGAGAGGUUCUCCAUCUUCCACGUAGCUGCAAUUUGGGGAGUUUCCGCUUUGGUGGAUUUUGCCCUUGGCUUGGGAGCCCAGGGUUCAGAGGAUGCCACUCAUGCUGUUCACAUUAACUGUAUAGAUAGCGCAGGUAAAACACCCCUUGAAUAUGCUGCUAAGUGGGGAGAUCACAAUAUUGUUGCUGUCCUCUUAAGCCAGGGAGGAAAAAUUACCACACAGGUGGUGGAAGCUGCGACUGGAAACUUAUGGCAUGGCAAAGAAGUUAUGACAGUCUUUCUCAACCACUAUGAAGACCAUAUCACCAUCACCGACGAGCUGGUGGGAGCUGCGGCUCUGAAUCCCAUAAAUGGUAAAGAAGUGAUGGCACUCAUUCUCGACCGCAAUGGAGAUCAGACACCUAUCAAUGAGAUAAUUAAGGCAGCGGCUGAAGCCUUUUUGUGGAAGAACGGCAUAUUGGAAUUUCUCCUGGAUCGCUAUGGAGACCAGGUCACUAUCGCUGAUGAGCUGGUGAUGAUUGCGGCUGGAAACCCCACAAGUGGUGGAGAAUUGAUGGCAAUACUUCUCGAUCGAUAUGGAGACCAGAUCACCGUCACUAACGAGCUAGUGAUGGAUGCGGCUAUAAAUUUCUUAAGUGGCAAAGAAAUCAUGUCACUCCUUCUCGAUCGCUAUGAAGAGCAGAUAGUCAUCAACGAUGUGGUGAAGGAGGUGAUCAGAAAUCCAUUAAGUGAUAAAGUAGAAGUAUUGGCACUACUUCUCGAUCGCUGCGGAGACCAAAGAGUCAUCAACGAAGUGGUGAAGGAGGUGUUUGGAAAUUGUUUCAGUGAUAAGUUGGAGGUAAUAGCACUCCUUCUCGAUCGUUAUGGAGACUACAUCACCAUGACCCACGAAUUGGUGAAAGCUGCGGCUGGGGAUCCCAUAUACGGUAAAGAAGUUAAGGCACUCCUUCUCGAUCGCUAUGCAGACCGACCAAAUUUCAAACUAUUACUGACCGGGGGGCGGUCUAGAGGACUGCAUUUAAAGACUCGGAAGAAGUGA